AUGCUUAAAUACGCUGCUAUCAAACAAAGUCGAAUGUCUGGAAUUGCGAAAGCAGUUCCAGCGCGCCAAUUCUCAACUACAGGUUUAUCUUGGAAUGGACAGAAGUCACCGUUACAGAUCUUCCGUGAGACGUUCAAAGAUGAAUGGAAGAAGUCUCAAGAAUUACAAGAUAAUAUAAAGGCAUUGCAAGAUGCUAGUGGGAGGUUAGGUGAGUCAGAUGCUUAUAAGAAGGCCCGCGAAGCUUAUUUGAAGGCUCAAAGAGGAUCGACAGUUGUUGGGAAAACGUUAAAGAAGACAGGAGAGACGAUUGAAAAUUUGACGGUAAAAGCAUGGGAUUCUGAUAUUGGGAAGAAUACCAGAGAGGUGGUUAGUAAGACUGCGCAGAAGCUUGAUGAGAGUUUUGAGCCUGUUAGACACACGAGGGUGUAUAAGGAUAUGAGUGAACUUAUCGAUGAUGGAGAAUCAUCUAGGUACGGUGGGUUUAUAGCGAAAGAAACGAGGAGACAGAAACGUGAACAUGAUCUUGCAUCUGGCAGAAGAACACAUGCUGUUCGGAGUAAUGAUGAAGCGGGAACUGCGAUGGUUGCCACCAACAAAGAAGGUAAGGAAUCUUUCGGUAAGAAGAUUCAAGAUUUCAAAGAGAAGACCUUUAUUGGACGGAAGCUACACGAAUCAAAGGUGAAGCUAUGGGAUGAAAAUGAAAAUCCGUUAAUAAGUAUGUUGAGGACGAUCAGCAAUAAAAUAGGUGGUUUGUUUGCCGAGACGGAGUCUGCCAGGGUGUUUGCGCAAUUUAAGCUAUUAGAUCCUACCUUCAACAGCGAAGAAUUUACUAAACAUUUGCGGGAGUACAUCAUUCCUGAAGUAUUGGAAGCAUAUGUCAAAGGGGACGAAGUUGUCCUCAAACAAUGGCUCAGUGAAGCUCCUUACAAUGUUUACGCUGCUCAGCAAAAACAAUUUAGAGAACAGGAACUGUUCCCUGAUGGCAGAGUUCUGGAUAUCAGGGGUGUUGAGAUUGUUAGUGCCAAAUUACUACCCCCCCAGGAUGUUCCUGCAUUAGUUGUCGGUUGUCGUGUUCAAGAAAUUCAUCUUUACAGAAAAGCCAAGACUGGAGAGAUCGCUGCAGGCCACGAAUCCAACAUCAUGAUGAGUUCUUAUGCUAUGGUUUUAACUAGAGAUCCAGAGAACGUUACUGAUAAGGAAACAGAAGGCUGGAAGGUCUUGGAAUUCAUCAGAGGCGGUUCAAGGCAAUUCACUUGA